UGUUCCAAAGGAUUGGAAAAUAGAAUUAUAUAACACUAUGAAAGUUCUUCCGGAUUUUAUUAGCGAGGAAGAGGAGGAUAUCCUGAUACAGGAGGUUGAUCCUUACAUGAAACGAUUACGUUAUGAAUAUUCGCAUUGGGAUAAUGCGAUACAUGGUUAUAGAGAGACAGAAUGGAAAAAGUGGAGCAAGGAUAAUUCCCAAAUUCUUGACAGAGUUCGUAAGAAAGCAUUCCCACCUGAAAUGACGCAGCUCUCCCUUGUACAUAUAUUAGAUUUAGCCUCCGAAGGAUGGAUAAAACCACAUAUCGACAGCGUCAGGGAUUAAGUUUGUUGACUGACAGUGUGAUGAAAUUGACAAUGGAAGGACAUGAGAAAGAAUGCGUCGAGUGUUUCUUGCUACCAAGGAGAUCGUUAUAUAUUAUGAGCGGUGUUGCGAGAUACAAGUACAAUCACGAAAUCCUCAAAUCUGAGGAAUCAUAUUUCGAGGGACGACAUGUACCAAAAAGUAGACGUAUCUCUAUAAUAUGCAGAAGCGAACCUGAUCCUGAAAUUAGUGGAAACUCAGCUAUAUAAUUAAGAAAUCUCACUGCGAAGAUAUCUGUAAAUAUCUGAAAUUUAAUCAGAGCAAGAGAACUUAAAUAAAAUAUGUUAUUUAAAAUGAACACACAAAGUAUAUUGAAAUAGGAAUUAACAUUAAUCUAUGUUAUUAGCGUCUAAUUAUAUUUCGCAAUGUAUCGAAACUUUUAUUGAACAUUUCUCUUACAUACAUACAUACAAUUCAAAAGAGAUCUCCGAAGCGUCGUUCGAAAUUGCCGCCAAAAUAUGGCCGUCGAUAGUUCUCGCUCGGGACGACAGAGGCGCUGCUGGACGCGGGGUCGAAAUCAGCAGCAUGGCGACCGUCUACGAGCGCCUGUCGAUGGCGGGGGCCGUCGUACGAAACAUGGCGUCCGUUAGGUUAUUGCUAUGAGCGCUGCUCCGUUUUCCAUCGUUAAAUGUGGCAUCGGACAUACGCGAGCUGCGGGCUGACGCGGUGCGUCGCGUCCACGGGGCCUCGGAGCGUGUCUGCUUGAAUCCCACUUGAGUCAGCUGCUCGCUCGACAGGAGCGACCUGGGCGACGAAGGAACACGACAGCCCCGUCAACACAGAGUGGGCUUGUGGGUAUACACACCCUGACGCGAGAUCUGCCCGCGAGUGUGAUUUCGUCGAGAGCGUGCCGCGGCCUCCGGAAUCUCCGCGUCUCGGCGCCGAGUUGACCCGAGCGGGGAGCGUACCCCGUGAUAAGACGUACGGGGACCCCCCCGCGCCGCCCCCCCGUGCGUCGCCGUUCGCGGACACGCGCCUCAGAAUGCCGGUCCCGACGAUCUCCCCGGUGAUGAAAUUGUUUUUGUGCGCGGGAUGCUUUUAAGCGGGGAACGGCAUCGUUUUUUCUAGUAUAAAUAUCGUCGUUUUUUCCGAUGGAAAGCGACGCGGUGGUGACGAUAACGACUCGAUUUCGCGCUCGCCGUUUUAUUACCCGCGGUCGACGAGAGGAUCCGGAGUGUUGUGAACUCGAUGUGAACGCGAGCUGUGACGUGUGUUCCGCAGCAUCCGGGACCGCGCGUUGUUGCCGAAGAAGAUGCGUCUCGCGACAGAACGAUAACAUUUCUCAGUUGUUCUAAAUCGUAUCCGUGCUUACCUAGUUGCGGUAAGACAAGUAGAAUAAAUAGAAAGAGAAACGGGAAGUAGUAAGAGAGAAUCGUAAUCACGGUAUCUUGUAUUCCUGUGAACGAGGAUAUCCUCACGUGCGGUUAAAGAGAGGGAAAGAGGGUGUGAUUUACGCUACAGAAGAGAGGAGCGAGGAGAGUGUCGAGCCAUAUGCCGCCAGCCGGGCUAUCGGCGAGAGGCUUGUCUACCUUGAUGGACCACGGACAACCGGACGCUCGUCAUCGGAGCGAGCGUUUCCUACUCUAUCCAGAGAAUGGCUCCUCACAUCCUCAUAGUCCGAACACGGCCAAUUCGUCGCCGCGAUAUCAGCACAAUAGCAGAACUAAUAGUCAUACCACUAGUUACGGAUACAUAUAUGGACGUACAUCCAACAACAAUAUGUCGGAUAGCAGUGUUUCUGAUACGCAUAGUGGUGGAACUGCAAGAACUGUCUCUCAACAGACUAGUCCCUCUCACGGCACACAUUCCUCUUCUCAAUCGCGACAAGACAACAGUACCAUUAUCUUCACAGCCCUUUUUGAUUAUGUUGCUCAGGGUGAAGACGAGUUAUCCCUGCAGAGGGGGGAAACUGUUGAGGUUUUAUCUAAGGAUGCAAAAAUCUCAGGCGACGAGGGAUGGUGGACUGGAAAAAUUCGUGGAAAAGUUGGAAUUUUUCCAGCCAAUUUCGUCGCAGAGUCAGAAAGUAUCGAUCGAGUUUCGACGGUGAUUGAUAAAGUCCAACCUAUUGAGAUUGAUUUUGAGGAGUUGCAACUGGAAGAAGUUAUAGGAGUCGGAGGAUUUGGAAAAGUAUAUAGGGGUAUUUGGAAGAAACGCGAGGUAGCCGUGAAAGCUGCGCGCCAAGAUGCAGGCGAGGAACCCAGUGUAACAUUAGAAAAUGUACGACAGGAAGCAAAGUUAUUUUGGUUGUUAAAACAUGAAAAUAUUGUGCAAUUGGAAGGAGUGUGCUUAAAGAUGCCUAAUAUGUGUCUUGUGAUGGAGUAUGCUCGUGGCGGCAGUCUUAAUAGAGUCCUUAGUGGCAGGAAAAUAAGGCCCAGUGUGUUAGUCGAUUGGGCGAUACAAAUUGCUAGGGGCAUGGAUUAUCUUCACAAUAAGGCCCCUAUAAGUCUUAUUCACAGAGAUCUAAAAAGUUCCAAUGUAUUACUGAGUGAGCCAAUUGAGAAUGAUGACUUCCAACACAAAACUCUGAAGAUCACAGACUUUGGAUUGGCGAGAGAAGUUUAUAAAACGACUCGUAUGUCGGCGGCUGGCACAUAUGCUUGGAUGGCACCAGAAGUUAUUAAAAAGAGUAUCUUUAGUAAAGCCAGUGAUGUAUGGAGUUAUGGCGUGCUGUUAUGGGAACUUUUGACGGGGGAAACACCGUACAAGGGUAUCGAUGCUCUGGCUGUAGCAUAUGGUGUCGCCGUCAAUAAGUUGACUUUACCUAUACCAUCUACUUGCCCUCAACCCUGGAGGGUCCUCAUGGAAGAAUGUUGGGCAUCAGAUAGUCAUGCUCGUCCUGGAUUUGUGGAUAUUUUAACAGCUUUGGAUGAGGUGUGCAAUGCAUUUGCGGCAACACCACACGAAUCUUUUCACACGAUGCAGGAAGAUUGGAGGCUGGAAAUCGAAGAAGUUCUGCACGGAUUGCGCAUGAAGGAAAAGGAGCUGCGCUGUAGAGAAGAGGAACUCACGAAGGCACAAGUGCAACAGAGACAGCAUGAGGAAAACUUGAGAAUGCGAGAACAAGAAUUGGCCGCGCGCGAGAUAGAUCUCUUGGAGCGGGAACUUACUGUAAUGAUCAUACAACAGCAAAACACGCCUACACCGAACAAGAGACGCGGCAAAUUUAAAAAGUCGCGAUUAAGAUUAAAUAAGAAAGAACCUGGGAGCAACAUUAGUGCACCAUCAGAUUUUCGUCACACCAUCACCGUUCAGCACACUGCCUUAGAUCGAGGCAAGGUGAGGAAUCCGUCGAGACCUAACAGUCCACCAGGCUCACCCAGCAUUCCGAGACUCAGAGCGAUUGCAUUACCGGCGGAUGGAGUUAAGGGUAAGACUUGGGGACCGUCGACGCUACAUCAACGUGAACGCGGGGCUAUUAUCACCCAGCCGCCGAAUCCCGCCUCUCCUGGCGGCAAACGCUGGUCCCGUUCCGCGCCAGAUCUUGAAAAGACACCGCUGCGUACAGCCCUGUUGGCGAACGCGCAUCGCUCCCCACUUCUACAGGAAAUAGGUAACCCAACCACCAGAAAAUUGUACUCCUCGGCCAAUAAUCUGAUAGACAAUCAGCCGGGUUGUAGUAGUAGUAGUAGUAGUUAUAACGACAUAACGCCGCAAAGUUCGUUCGACAACAUCGUGCAAGGUAUGCGCUAUACACCCAACAUAGACGAGGACUUCGUUAUUCUGGACAACGACAUAUACGAGUCCGUGGUUCUGCAUAAUAAAAAUCCCUCGCCGAACAAUCAUAAAACCCAUUUUUCGGAGGAACCCGUAAAAAACGUAAAAGGAUUAUCGUCGGCAACCAACGAUGAUUACCCCGUAAAAACCGCGAUAAUAGGACAACGGGCGCCCAUCAGUUGUCCGGUUGCUACAUCGAAAACCACGUCAUCCAAGUGCCACCAAAGGCCACCGCCCGAGUGGGAGCAUUCGUGCUCCACGAAUUUCGUGCAAAACGUAGCGUCCACUUUGGUGGGUACCGCGAAGCGAGUCAAGAGUAAGAAGCGCGAUCGAAGCAAGUCGAAAGAGUCAAAACGUCGUGACAGUUCGGAAUCGCGAUUACAGUACCUAGCCGAUUUCUUCCGAUCGCCGUCCGGAUCGCGUAAGAGCUCCCUGAAUUCGCCGCUCAGCGACGAGAGAAAGAACUCGGUUACUAUCAAAAUUAACGACCAGGACGGUUUAGAGUCGAGUCCCGAGAAUUCCAUAACAGGCAGUAAAAUGAUCCAACAGUCCCAGCACAAGUCGCGCAUUUCCAAAAGCCCGCUCAGGGUGUUGAACAAAAUGCGAACGUGGGGCAGCCGGGACGCGCUCGAUGACAAAACCGCCACGGUUAAAGUAGAGUACAGUGUCGUAGAAAACGUCAUAUCCAUACCGCAGCUGAACCGUCGCGAUUCGGAUGAUCAGAUGUUGAGCAACGUCGGUGGUCAAGUCUCGGUGCCCAGAUUUCUUGCGGCAAACUCGCGCGAGGGGAUAGACUUUGAGAGCCUCGAAUCGGAACUGUGCAACUUUGAUUCGGAGCAUUCGAACGAUAGCACGAGAUCGAAGAGUUCGUUAGGACCGUAUCACGUCGAGGCAACGAUCUCCCGGCACAAAAGGUCGCCGAUUGCUUUCGAACCGGACGCGCUAUCCGCGUAUCGUCUAGAUCAUGGCAUCGAGAUGAAUUCCCUUUUGCAUCACAAGUCCAGGAGUAACGAGUAUUUGCGCAGCUGCAUAGACGGCGAAAUGUCAUCCGGUUGUUCGCUCCAAGAGGGGAGCGAUCGUCAGAGCUCGCGUGCCAAUUACAGAAGUCCAAAAAGAAGUCUGCCCGCGUCGCCCCCGAUUGAUAACGCCGGUCUUUGUCUAUCUUUGACCUCCGAAGAUAUGGACAUCACGUCUACUAAGAAUUUCGCUGCUGAACAAGUCCUGAGAAAGAGCGAUAAGUAGGCUUCGACAAAACGGAUGUACUCUCGCGACUUUUUGUAUACAGUGUUCCUGCCGCUACCUUUUCUCUUCCAAACGAUUAGAAUUACGUUAUCGAUACGAUAAAUCGCACGAGUUUCUUGCAGGAUAUAAACGCGGUAUCCAUUAAACAUGCAGCCGAUGAUUAUCCUGUAUUCGAUGAGAAUGCAAGUAGAGCUUGCUGCUCGAAACGCAUUUCGAUGGCAUGUCUUUUUUUCUCCCCCAGUGCACUUUUCUCCUUACAUAUACAUACUGGUAUAUUCGAAGAAUUUCGUACUGAUCGUGUGUUUCUAUUCUAUCGCAGGCCUCUCUGAGGAAAGCAUCUACCAUACCCGUAAGUUUUCUCACGCAACGGUUGUUAUGUAUUUCGCUGAGACAUGUCUUCCCUGACCCGCCCUCCUCCAUUUCCCCAUAUUUCUUCCUGUCUAAACUUUUAUUCCAAACUCUAAUUUUUUUUUCUUUUUUUUUUACUGAACGACGACUCAUAUUGCGUAUAUUGUAAAGCUAAGGCGACGAGAUCUCAAGUAGACACUUUUUACUUUCGUAACUAAAUGGUUUGCAAUGAGCCCUAUUAUGUAGUUUAUUGCUUAGUUGGUUGAUCACAUAGUUGAUAAUGCAUGUAUACACCAAUCGAUAGUGUUUUCGUUUCUCAUCGUUUCUAUCAAUCGUUGGCAACGAAGGAUUGAUAGGAGAACGACACAAUUUUUUAGAUUUGUUUUGGACGAUCUGUGUACGCGUCUUGUGAAUGUUCGAUAUCCUUGUUUGUACAUUGUUGUCCAGAUAAUUUUAUUGAGAUGAACUCGGUCUCCGGUAGUGCAGCGUGAACUUAUUCUGACUUGCGAAGUGGACUUCGGAUUAAAUCCGGUGAGGGACCACAGAUUUUAGAAAUUUAAGUUUAAUCUUGUACGUAUGAAACGCGGAGAGAAAAGUCGCAGGCUGGUGCGGACCUAAGAUUGCCUCGAAAAAUGUCCAAAGUAUAUUUAAGCACCAAUCUUUUCUAAUAAUUGUUUAUGCAAAGGGCAUAGACUUGUUCUUUUUAUAUUUCAAAUAAAAUUUACGAUUAUUAUUUAUCCUAAUUUAAGGCGAUGUGAUACUCGUAGUUCGAGUAAGCUGACAAUGAGAUCUAACGAGAGAGAAAGAGAGCGCAUAAGAGAAAAAAGAAUAUAGAAAUAUAUAUACAUAUACGCAG